GGGUGUUUAGAUGCGGAUGCAGACUCUGUGUUGGCAUAUUGUUUUGAAGCAUGCGAAUGCUGGACAUUAUGUAGCACUGUGCAGAAUGUGCUGUGCAUGCACUGUGUGUCAGAACUUUCAAGGCUUUGCAGGCGUUUGCUGGAAUUUAUAGCACUGGAAAUUAAAGACCACACAUUAGAACUGGAUUGUGUCUCAGCCAAGAAAUUAUAAGACGCGCUCAUGCAGUGUUAUAAUGAUUAAUAGCACAUUUUAUUGCACAAAACCAUGACGCAACCACAAACAGCCUUGUUUUCAUGUCAAUAGGGCCGGCAGCGCUCGUAUAUUAAUAUGUUUAAUAACUACAAAUCUAAAACAAAUGCGUUGUUGUUGUUGUUGAACAGUUGCAUCUCACUGAAAUGUUAUAAAUUUAAAAGUGCAGCCUAGACCAAGUUUCCAAGGCUAGGAAACCCGAUCAGCGAUGCUGUCUUCAAAUAACCUGCAUUUAGAUCCUGAAACAAGGUCAAACUCAUGCAUGUAGAUCUUCCGAAGCAGUCCCGGUCUGAAAAUGCCUGAAAUAUGAGGAUAUUGGUGCACUCUUGACCUCCUCCCCACCCUCCCAGGCAAAGUGUUCACCCCUCCUCAGCAUUUCUCACCCUUAACCAACCCCAGAGUGGGGGGUGCAGGGCCAUAGUUCUCUGUCUGGGGUUUCCCCUUUCAGACUGAAUCUUGAUAACAAGGGCCAAGGCCGUUUUGACAGUGACACAAGCCCAUACGCACGCGCACACGCACGGACACACACAGUACUAAAUGUCACAGCCUCAAAAAGAGCCCCGCCACCUUUAGGAAAGCGCCCACAAGAGUUUGAACCCAACAGCGGGGGGUCAAAAUUCUUGCGCCGAGAGAAACUCUUCUCAGAUUUGCCCCUUGUGUUUCUUCUGGGCCCAUUUGCAACUAACAAGGUUUUCUCCUCGACGCCAAAACAAAAUCGUCUUUUCUUCUGAAACUGAGGGAUUGUCAUUUUCCUGAGAGGAAGAGAAAAGGAUGACACUGACACACAAUCCUUUCUUUCUCUCAUUUUUCUCUUUUUCUCCCCCCCCUCGCUCUCUCUCUGUCUGUUGGAGGAGAUGGGUAGGAUGUCUGUCUGCUCAGCGCCAGGGGCUCUGACAAUGAUACGGUUCAGGUCAGAGAAGAACCGUGAAACGCAUAGAACCAAGAAGAGUGUGAGAAGGCAAGAGAUGGGAAAAUAAAGAUGCGUAAACAAGAAAGGGGGAGAAACGUCAGAAAGGGACUGUUGUGACACUGGAGCCUGGAGCCCUUGCUGAAUGCAGGGUGUGGCUGGCAGCUACCAGGGUGAGGGGAUAUUAUAGCUGCAUGGUUUGACUGUUCUGGUUCCUCUAUUCCCCCCUUUCGCGUCCAUUAGCAAUUGACAAGUAGCAGACAUGGAUUCCUGGUUGCAACAGACCAUCAAAGCUCUAUUCUUGUAUGUCCACAAAUUUCACUGGACUGUACACAUUUCUUCUAUGCGUGCGUUUGAACCGCAGAAGCAUGCGUGGUUUUGCAACAUCCUACCACACAUGGCAGCGCGCUAUGUUUCUGAAAUGGUCAAUGAGUUUCUGUAACUUCUGUAAGUCCACACACACGAAACCGCUUGUCUUUGUCCAAGGUUAUAACUGCAGUGACUCAGUUAUUGGAACAACAAUCUUGGGAAUCUUUCUCUGCGCUGGGCAAUGUCUGACUCCACAGGUGACGUCAAGUCUCGCACAAGCCGAAGCUGAAUCAGAAAUCCUUUCCGCAGUUUUACGCAGGAGAGGCCCACGUGGGUGAUGAAUGGGAGGGAAAAAAUGAAUGACAGCGGUUAGGUGUAUGAUAUGAGUAGCUUUUACUUUUCUUUCCUUUUUUUUUUUUUUGUUCACGGAAACAUGUGCAAUGGGUAGGCACUAGGACCUGCUGUGAGCCACACAGGAGGGAGGGAGCAGCUUUGGGAGUCCUCUCACCAAACUUUUACAACAAUCCAUUUCCCAAAGAGUGUGGGAGGGAGACAGACAGAAGUGGAUGGCCCGAGACCUGGAUUCACAGCUUUAAAAGCAGGAGCGGGAUUUUGAGUUUGGGAUAAUUCUACCGCUGGCCCCCAGAGAGAGUGAGGUGGAAUAUAGCUGAGUUUGUGUGGAAGAUUUCACUCACCGGUGCGAGAACUGGGAGAAGGAUCAUUACAGGGUGAGCUGUAGUUCAGCGGGUCCAGAUGGCAGGCAUAAGGGGCCCGGCCUGCACUGGAGUCUGGCUCUAGAGUCCACAGGGGCUCCCACUUCAACUGGACACAUUCCACAGGACGUGUGCCCAUGAGGUCGUCACCACUGGUCCUGCUCCUCCUGAUCGGCAUCCAGGCUGCACUGAACAUGGGAGGUGGAUUGGCCGGGAGCGCUGGGGCAGCCGACCACAAAGUAGGACAGCAGACGGGAGCCAAUCACAGAGCAGGACAGCAUCAUACAGCAGCCAGGGACCACCUAUCUGAAGAGCAUACUUCACAACAGCGCCAUAGGACCAGCCACCACAGGACCAAGAGGCCGCACUCAAGGGCAGCUUCACCCACACAAGAUAUGAGCCCCGUCACGGGGCGCUCUACAUCCGAUUCCCUCCCUGACCCCUCCAUCCCGGUGGUGGACCCCAAGCUCUUCUCCAAGAGACAUUACCGCUCUUCGCCCCGUGUUGUCUUCAGUGAGGUGCCCCCAUCACACGAUGCCCUGGAAGGCGAGGGCUAUGACACUGAAGGGGUGAGGGGGAUGAGGGUGAGGCGCAGAGCGGGAUCGCACAACAUGCACCGAGGGGAGUACUCGGUGUGUGACAGCAUAAAUACCUGGGUGGGCAACCUGACACGAGCCACAGACAUAGCUGGAAACGAGGUGACGGUGCUGCCCAAUGUUACAAUCAACAACGUGGUGAAGAAACAGUUCUUCUACGAGACCACCUGUCGCUCCCCCACGCACAGGGGCUCCGGGACUUCAAACGGGGGAAGGUCCGGGGGACGGGGCGGCAAGCAAGGUUCCAAAUCGGGCAACUCGGGCUGUCUCGGCAUCGACAGUCGCCACUGGAACUCCUACUGCACCAACACGCACAUAUUCGUAAGUGCCCUGACCAUCUACAAGGAACGGACAGCCUGGAGAUUCAUCCGCAUCAAUGCCGCGUGUGUGUGUGUUCUAAGCCGGAAGUCUUGGACGGGGAAAAUGGGUCACUGACUGGGGAGGACGACUCCUGACCACUGAACUAAGAACCAAGCACACACACACUUCUAAACAGCCACUGCAGCUUUAUUGCCAAUACUGUAAUCCUUUCCUCCACCUCUGAACAUACACCCAUACUCACCACGGCAUUCACACACACACACACACCUAUACACACACACACCUAUACAUACACCUAUACACACACACACAAACAACAUCUUCUAUCCAAACCCUCGGCCCCUGACCCUACCUCAGUCAGAGAAGACCUGGUUGUUUUAAGUUAUGAGGACUGCAUGUCAUAUUUAUGGUUUAUACAGUCAAAUAUGAAAAUAUAUACAUACAGUAUGUGUAUAUAGACAAAACGAAUUCAAGCUUUUAAUGUUGAUGUUAUUGUUGUCGUGUUGUUCAUGCUGUUAUUUAUUAAACACCUCAGUACUUGC